AUGGGAAUUUUAUCAGCGCAGAACUUAAUAUUGUUGAGAAGUGCACUACUUCUCACUAUUGCAUUCUUUUGCAUAAAGAAUGUUAACAGUAUAUUACAGAAUUCAUUUUUCCUUGUGUUAUCUCAAGCAAUGGAGCUUCCAGCUCUUUCAAUGUCCCAAUAUAGUGGUCAAUUAGGUAUGUUCAGUAUGCUAUUCUUCUUUGCUGCUCUUAAUGACCUGGUACCGCUAAUGGAGGACAACAAAACAUACUUCCGUUCAAUCGUUCCUGUCAGAUUGACAGUCUUCUUCAUCAUUGGUGCCAUUGCAUAUCUAUGGACUGAGAACCUAUACUUUCACAACAAUGCCGUAUUUAUCUACUGCUUUAUUGAAAUAUGGAUUAAUUUCCUUCUACUUAAUGCUGUUAGGGAAGAACGUAAUGAAGAGUUUAAGAGAGAGCACAGAUUUAUGAACGAUGAUUUGAUUGAGGAACCUGCCCCUUUCGAAAAAGCAGAGUAG